AAAAGUGGCAAUAUUACUUCAUUUUGAGGGCAAUUAUGUAUAUAUAUUUAUUAAUUCAUUAGUAAUAUAGAUAAAGUAGAGAAAAAUAGGAAACCUCCUUAUGAGUCCUUAGCAUCAUCAUUUCGAAAAUUGACCAUUCUAUACAGAUAAUUGUUGUUGUGUACUCAUGUUAUACUAUAUAAUAAUAAUAAUAUUUUGUGCAAUUUUUGUCACCGAUCUUGGUGUCUAUCUGUAUCUCUAUUGCCAUUUCAGCAAGCGGUUGACCAGACCAGCUACAAAACAAAUGGAAAAGGUUUAGCUGGUUUUUUUCCAAUUGACGAGGAUAGAUGCAGUUAGGAACGGUAUCUCCUUCAAAACAAUGAUAGACAUAUUGGGAAGGAAGUCUCAUCUACUAUUCUACUACUUCUACAAAGGAAGGAACUCAAACAAGAGUUAUUCCUUCCCUUAUUCUCUCUUCUCUAGUGUUUUCACAGAAACAACCACCCCACCAUGGUGGAAACUCCUCCAAAAUGCAAACUCACAUUCACAUUAAUCUUCUGCAUCGUUAUCUCCCACUCUCUUGGCUUAGUUUCCUUCACCUUGUGCAUAGCCUCCGAGACUAAGAGGAACAAGAAGGGGGAUCUCAGAUGGAAUGGGAAACUAUGUCAUUUACCAUCAAGUCCUGCAUUUGGAUUGGGUGUUGCAUCUUUGGUUUGUUUGGUUUUGUCCCAAAUCGUUGGGAAUUCUAUAUUAUUCAGGACUUAUUGUUCAGGAGGGAAAAGAAACGCAAAGUUUGAGAUACCUUUCGUUGCAAGGAUUCUGCUUUUGAUAUCUUGGCUUAGCUUUGGAAUUGCAGUUAUUUUAUUAAUUGUUGCCACAAGCAUGAGCAGAAGGCAGGCCUAUGGGGAAGGGUGGUUGAAUGGUGAGUGUUAUCUUGUCAAAGGAGGGAUUUACGUUGGUUUAGCAAUAUUGAUCAUAGUUUCAGUAGAAUCGUUAAUGGGUUCAGCUUUGUUAACAAUGAAGACCAAUGAUGAAGCAGAUCAGGGUAACAAAAUACAUGCACAAACGGAACGGAGUGACACUUGAGAUUAAAGAAUUUUAUACAUUAUAGUAGAAUGCAGACUCAGAGUAUAAAAUGGAUUGAGGAACAUCAACUGCUCCUAAAAGAGACAUUUCUUUUAGGAAUAACUUUUUUUUCUUUCGACUUACAUUAUACGAAAGAGACAUAUUCUUUUGUACACAUUCUCUCCGAGCCUCAUAGAGGAACACAUUUUGGAUCCCACCCGCAUAAUUAACAACUGUUUUGUAGUUUUUUAGUCUGUUAUAGUUCUCAAGUGCUCAGUUGCAGGCAUCAUUUUAUUUAAUUUUAAAGAAUUGUACGAGUUGCA